AGAGUUCGUCAAAACUUUAACCGUCCUACCAUUGCCAUUAAUACAAGUCAGUCCAAAAAUAGCCACCUUAUACCCUGAUUCCAAUUUAACCCUCAACUGUUUAAGCACCAAUCAAAAUGAAGAAGAGUUGGAGUCUGUCUAUGAUUCUAAUUAUAACCUCUAUUUUGAUUGGCUGGUCAACGAUGACGUCAUUCAGCCGGAUGGCAAGUCCUACUCAAUUAGCUCGUCGCCAUCAUCAUCAACGUUAACAAUCUUUCACGUGACCAAAGACAUGAAAAUAACAUGCAGAGGUACUAAUCGGUUAGGGAAAGAUAGCAGUGACGAUCUAACAGUUUACGUGAUUAAUGAUCGUCAAGUGGAGAAGAUGACUGAAUUGAAAGAGCAAGAGAUACCGAUACAAGAAAGAAGCGAACAUCUUUCAGAAAUAAUUAGCACAUUAAAAAGCAACCUGGCGACAAAAACAAAACCGCUGAAUGUCAAGGACACACGCAAUGUUAUUUCCGUCCUAAACGAACUGACCAAUGAUGAAGAUGGCUACGAGAGCUUCUUGAAAAGUUGCAGCAUUGACGACAGCAGCGCUACUACUACAACUACCACUACUACUACUAGUAGUAGAAGCAGCAGCAGCAUUAGCAACAGUAGGAAUAAAAAAAAAAGGAAGAGAUUUGCUGACAAUAGUAAUAGUAGUAGUAGUAGUAGUAACUAUGAUGGUGCUAAUAGCAGUAAUAAUAAUAAUAAUAACAACAAUAAUAAUAAUAAUAAUGAAAAUGAUAGUAAUAAUAGUAACAAUAAUAACAAUAAUAAUAAUAGCAGUGGGAGUAUAAUCGUUAACGCUUUUGGUUAUAAUAAUAAUAAUAACAACAAUAACAAUAGUAAUAAUGAUAAUAAUAAUAAUUACGAUAAUAAUUAUAAUUGUAAUUGCGUUACCAAAUAUAAUGACAAUAAUAACAAUAAUAAUAAUAACAACAACAAUAAUAAUAAUAAUUAUAAUGAUGAUGGGAAUGGUAGGAUAUCAAAAGCCGUUUGCGAUCACUACCGAAAAACAAGACAGGAACAUUUGAAAGAAAUCAUUGCCAUAGAAAGUGAUGUUUUGAUAGCUGAGAGAACCGGCAAAUCAGAGUCAUUCGUUAAGGUUUCUAAUUAA